ACUGUAGACUGUAUUAUACAAAACCACAACAAACCUAUACAUACAUCUAUACAUACAACUUUACUCACUGCUACUCUCACAAUCUCUCUCGCUCUCUCUCUCGACAAUGGCUUCUCUCUUUCGAGACAGAAGCUCUCUCUCGUCUCUCUCGUCUCUCUCAUCUCUCUCGCAUUCUAAGCGCGACUCUCUCUCCGGCACCGCCAGCUCGCGCUUCUCCGGCGGCGGCGGCGGCGCUCUGCCGUCGCCGUUCGGGGAUCUGUCGCCGGCUCUCUCGUCGACCGACCUCCGCGACACGGCCUACGAGAUCUUCGUCGCCGCGUGCCGCACGUCCACCGGAAAGCCGCUGACUUACGUUCCGGCGGGGAAUUCGGACCGGUUAUCGGGCUCGCCGUCGAUGUCGGGAUCGCCGUCGAUGCAGCAGCGGUCGAUUACGUCGACGGCGGCGUCGAAAAUGAAGAAGGCGUUGGGGCUUCGAUCUAGCUCCGGGUCGGGUUUGAGUCCGGGUUCUGGAACGGGCUCACCUUCGCCGCCGGUAAAACCUAAAAGACCGUUGACUGUUGGAGAGCUAAUGAGGACUCAAAUGAGAGUUACUGACAAUAACGAUUCGAGAAUUCGACGAGCUUUGUUAAGAAUUGCUGCUGGACAGGUUGGUAAGCGUUUGGAGUCUAUGGUUCUACCAUUGGAGCUGCUGCAACAAUUCAAAUCUUCUGAUUUUCCCAGUCAAGAAGAAUACUAUUCAUGGCAGAGGAGAAACCUAAAAAUUCUUGAGGCUGGUCUCCUUUUACAUCCUUACCUGCCAAUAGAGAAGUCCAAUGCUGCUUCACAGAGGUUACGGCAAUUAAUUCAUGGUGCCUUAGACAGGCCGAUGGAAACUGGGAGGAACAAUGAGUCAAUGCAAAUCCUCCGUAAUGCUGUGAUGUCUCUUGCUAGCAGAUCUUCUGAGGGAUCCUUGGCAGAGUCCUGUCACUGGGCAGAUGGAUUCCCAUUGAAUCUUCGUCUAUAUGAGAUACUUCUGGAAGCCUGUUUUGAUGCUAAUGAUGAAACAUCUAUCUUAGAAGAAGUUGACGAGCUUAUGGAGCUUAUAAAGAAAACUUGGCCGAUCCUUGGAUUGAACCAAAUGCUUCACAACCUUUGCUUUUCCUGGGUUCUAUUCAACCGUUAUGUAUCAACUGGACAAGUAGAAAAUGAUCUUCUAUAUGCUGCUGAUAGUCAGCUUGCUGAAGUUGCAAAAGAUGCAAAAGCAACAAAGGAUCCAACUUAUUCAAAGAUUUUAAGUUCUAUAUUGAGUGCAAUUUUGGGUUGGGCCGAGAAAAGGCUCCUUGCAUAUCAUGACACUUUUGAUGCUGGGAAUAUUAGUUCUAUGCAAAGCAUUGUCUCUCUUGGAGUAUCAGCAGCAAAAGUUCUAGUUGAGGAUAUUUCUAAUGAGUAUCGCAGAAGGAGGAAGACUGAAGUUGAUGUGGCUCGAAACAGAAUUGACACUUAUAUAAGGUCAUCUCUACGUACUGCUUUUGCACAGAGAAUGGAGAAAGCAGAUUCAAGCAGAAGGGCUUCAAGAAAUCAGCCUAAUCCUCUUCCUGUUCUUGCCAUUCUUGCGAAGGAUGUUGGUGAGCUAGCAACCAAAGAGAAGGAUGUAUUUAGUCCUAUACUGAAGACGUGGCACCCUUUCGCGGCAGGCGUUGCUGUUGCUACACUUCACGUUUGCUAUGGCAAUGAGCUCAAGCAAUUCAUUUCUAGUAUAACAGAGUUGACACCUGAUGCUGUACAGGUUUUGAGAGCUGCAGAUAAGUUGGAGAAAGAUCUAGUGCUGAUUGCAGUUGAAGAUUCCGUGGACAGUGACGAUGGUGGGAAGGCAAUAAUUCGUGAGAUGCCACCCUAUGAAGCUGAUACUGCCAUAGCUAACAUGGUGAAAAUUUGGAUUAAAACAAGACUUGAUAAAGUGAAGGAUUGGGUUGAUAGAAAUCUUCAACAAGAGGUCUGGAAUCCAAGAGCUAAUCAAGAAGGAUUUGCUCCAUCUGCUGUUGAAGUCCUCCGGAUAAUUGAUGAAACCUUGGAGGCAUUCUUUCAGCUGCCUAUACCUUCGCAUCCAGCAUUACUACCUGACUUAAUGUCUGGUCUUGAUAGGUGCCUUCAGUACUAUAUUACCAAGGCAAAAUCUGGAUGUGGAUCAAGGAACACCUACAUACCCACUAUGCCAGCAUUAACUAGAUGUGAUGCAGGAACAAAAUUUCAAAAUGUGUGGAAGAAGAAAGACAAGCCCGUUAGCUCUCAGAGAAGGAGUGCUCAGUCUGCUGUUGCGAAUGGAGAUACAGCUUUUGGGGUACCUCAACUAUGUGUCCGUAUGAAUAGUUUGCAACGAAUACGAGCAGAGUUGGAAGUUUUAGAAAAGAGGAUAAUCACUCUUUUGCGGAACUCUGAGUCUGCUAAUGAAGAAGACUUCUCAAAUGGUCUGGGCAAAAAGUUUGAGCUCACCCCUGCUGCUUGUUUAGAAGGGGUUAAACAGCUCUCUGAAGCAUUGGCUUACAAAAUUAUCUUUCAUGAUCUGAGUCAUGUUCUGUGGGAUAGGUUGUAUGUUGGAGAACCCUCAUCAUCAAGGAUUGAAUUCUUUCUUCAGGAGCUUGAGCAAAAUUUGACCACUAUUGCGGAUAUUGUGCAUGAAAGAGUUCGUACACGUAUUGUUGCUGACAUAAUGAAAGCAUCCUUUGAUGGUUUCUUGUUGGUUUUACUUGCUGGAGGACCAUCGCGUGCCUUUUCUCGGCAGGAUUGCCAAAUAAUAGAGGAUGAUUUUGAGGCCUUGAAAGAAUUAUUCUGGGCAAAUGGAGAUGGGCUGCCAACUGAUGUAAUUAACAAGUUUUCAGCAACAGUGAGGGAUGUCCUUCCACUUUACAGAACUGAUACAGAGACCCUUGUUGAGCGUUUUAGACAGCUGACCGUUGAAACUUAUGGUUCUUCUGCAAAAUCGAGACUUCCAUUACCACCAACUUCUGGGCAGUGGAACCCUACUGAACCGAACACACUCUUGCGAGUUUUGUGUUACAGGAAUGACGAAGUGGCUUCAAGAUUCCUUAAGAAGACCUACAAUUUGCCGAAGAAACUCUGAAUCUUGAACAGCUCGUAUCAUAAUGCAGGAACUCUAUUAUCCUCCGCCCUUCUCUGAAGGAGAGCCGAGAUGAGGUUUGUAUAGUAAAUUUUGGGGGUCUUGGUUCUGUCAACUGAUGCUGCUACUUUUGGCAGGAUAUUCGGAAUAUUAUGGAAACCAAGGCCUGCCUAGGUGGGUGGGAAAUUAUUUAUUCUUUUUUGUCUAUAGGUUAUUACUUAUUUUGUACUUAUUUACCAACCAUUGUAUUACUCUUUCAACACUAUGGGUUCUUAUGUGUAAUUUCUUUGUUUAA